AUGACAAAGCGCCUGGACCAAAUGGAUACACUCUAUAUUUCUUCAAAUAUUCCUGGUCCAUUGUUGGAAAUGAAGUUAUUACUGCAAUUCACUACUUUUUCCAGCAUUCUAAUAUGCUUUUCAGCUUUUAAUACAACCACAAUCGUUUUGAUUCCCAAAAUUCCCAACCCUUGCAAAGUCAAAGACUUCAAACCAAUUUCAUGUUGUUCAGACAUCUAUAAGGCGAUUACAAAGAUUUUAGUAAAAAGAAUGUCAAGUCUCAUGCCAGGAAUGAUCUCUCUCAAUCAAUCGGCUUUUAUUAAGGGCAUGAGCAUCGUUGAUAAUAUACUCCUUGCUCAAGAAGUGGUUAAGGGGUACGGAAGGAAAAACAUAUCUCCAAGAUGCACAAUGAAAAUCGACCUUCAAAAAACAUUUGACACCCUUCAUUGGAACUUCAUUAUUUCAGUUUUGAAAGCACUUGAUAUUCCUCAAAGAUUCAUAGGCUGGAUUCAAGCUUGCUUCACCGAAGCUCGAUUCUCAAUUUCUUUCAAUGGGAGCUUAGUAGGUUUCUUUAAGGGAGCGAGAACCAUAAGGCAAGAUGAUCCUCUUUCACCUUUCCUCUUUGUUUUAUCUCUGAAUAUGCUAUCCAGACUUCUUAAUUUAGCAGCUGCUCGAAGACUUUAUAAUUAUCAUCCUAAAUGCAAGCAACUUGGCCUCACCCAUUUAUCAUUUGCCGAUGAUUUACUAAUUUUUUGUAAAGGAAAUGCUGAGUCUGUUGCAUGUGUUAUCUCGGUGCUUGAUAAAUAUUAUGAAAUUUCAUGGCUGAAUUUGAACGCUGCAAAAUGUGUUUUCUUUACUGCCAGUGUUGAGAACCGAACUGUUGAGAAGAUUAAGCAGUUUACUAGUUUCAACAUUGGAUGCUUGCCAGUUCGAUACCUUGUUAUUCCUAUAAUUACUAGAAAGCUUUCCAUAAAAGAUUACGAUCAGCUGAUUGAUAAUAUUAAAUCCAAACUUAAUCUGUGGUCUGGGAAAAUGAUGAGCUUUGCUGGUCGUCUGGAGCUAAUUCGAGCAGUCUUAUUCUGUGUUUCCAAUUUUUGGUGCAGGAGUCUCUUGCUCCCACAAGCUGUUAUCAAUAAAAUCGACCAACUCCACUCACGAUUCUUCUGGAAAGGAAGCGACAAGGCUGCUACAGGCGCGCGAGUUAGUUGGGAAAAGAUUUGUCAACUUAAAUCCGAGGGAGGUCUAGGAUUGAAGAACUUGAAAUCUUGGAAUAAAGCUUGCAUAAUCAAACUUAUCAAAAACAUCCUAGCAGGUGAGGGAUCGUUAUGGGUUUCCUGGAUCAAAACUAACAUAUUAAAGGAGAAGAACUUCUGGCACAUCGAAGGAAGUCCCAAUUUCAGUUGGAGUUUUAAUAGAAUUCUCAAGCUUUGGCCCGAAGCUCUUCUUGUUAUCACAAAUCGCACUCUCACCAUCAAACAUAUUUGGAUGGAAAUUAGAAUGAAUGGAGACAAAGUAAAAUGGCAAUCCUUGAUUUGGUACCCUUAUCAUAUUCUGAAACUCAGUAUUAUAACAUGGAUGGCUAUUCUUGAUCGACUCCCUACCCGAGAUCGACUUUUGCGAAUAGGGAUUACCACCUUGGGGGAUUGUGUGCUUUGCAACGAAAUGAUGGAAAAUAUGUCUCACCUAUUCUUUGAAUGUCCAAUGGCUGCUAAUUUAUGGGAUUCAAUAUUGCUUCAUAAUGGGUUAAAGAAACCAAUCUCAACUUGGGAAGACAUGAUCACAUGGGAAAGCAAUACCUAG